GUCCCCGAUGGAGUAUGGCGGACUGUGUCUUCGUGUGUGAAACAACUUCCUGUGUCACACAAUUUUGAUGAGACAUUCAACGAAAGGAUAUCUCAGCAUGGCGUUCAGCCCUACUCAGUCUCCAGUCUAUGGAGGCGACACCUUGUUUAUUCGGUUAGACCCGCAACAGCUGAGUGGAGUGGAGAGUAAAUACUUUGUGGUGUUCGAAGGAACUCGCCGGAGACACGUGGUCUCUGCUAGGAAAUCCCCCGGGGCGGACGGGGAGCUGGUGGCCUUAAUUCCAGGUCACGACCUCGCGGAAGAGGUGAGCGUGACGCUGGUCCAGGUGACGGAGGAGGAAGUGGACAAGUCCGGCGAGGUGGGUGUGGGCGUGUGCAACAGCUACGCCUCCCUGGCUCACUGCUACCUGCAGUACGAAUACGACUCCACCUUCUACCUGACCAAGUUCCUCACCAGCAGCGUCUAUAACGACCACGCCCUCGACAACUUGGAGCUCAUCAAGAGUGACAGGUUCGACCUGUCCAAUGAAGUUCUGUCCACUCUGGAUGUACGACUCAGCAGAGCUCUGCGCAACGCAAAUCUUUCCACCAGCUGGCACUUGCUUGGCGGCGAUUCGA